ACAGACACACACACACUUUUGGGAAUCUGAAUACAUAUUUUAGAUGAGCAAAAAAUAAAAACAAGCAACAAAAACAAAAAACACCAGACGCCAAGAUGAGUAUGACGGAGAUGUUGCGUGGCAAGAAGAAGCCGGAGGAGAAGGUGAAUGCCAUAAAGAUGGCACUACAUGAUUUCUCUAGUGUGCGGCUCAUACAAAUUGGAUGUGUAAUAGAUGUGGUGGCCGAGUCGAUAGAACGCGUUAAGAUCUCAAUGAUAUUGCCGAAACUCUUGGACAAUCCCACUUUUAUGGCCAAGGUCCUCAGGGGCACCCAAUACGAGAAGGCCGUCGAUCUCGUGGAGUCAUUUGUGCGGCGCCGCGAAUUCAUACUGAAGGAAAAGCGUCCUCCCCUGAUGGACCAUGGUAUAAUUAAGAUCAUCGACUACUUCCAGCGGAACCAUCAGAUGUACAAGAUGUUCCCCACGUUCUACAACAAUAUGAGGGAGGACGAGAAGAAGCUUCUGGUGGCCUUCGAGAUGCUCUUCGAUUUGGCCAAAGAGCGUUUGUAUCGCACUUCGGCGGAUGUCAUUGCCCAGGAGCGGAAGCUGCAUGCCAUGUAUCUGGAGAACGAGGGCAUUAAAGCGAAUGUUGAUCUCCUGAAGAAGAAAAUCCACUCGCAGAAGAUGACACUCAAGUGGAAGAUGGCCGCCAAGGAGGCCUAUCUCAAGAAGUAUGAGGAUAUGUUGGCCAAGAAAAAGCGAGAGAAAAAUGAACGGAUACAAAAUGAGAUGGACAAGAGCACUCGGAUCGUGAAGAAGAAUCAAAAGGAAAGUCUGGAAAAGCAGGCGGUACUCGAGGCAGAGCUGGAGAAGGAUCGCCACAUCUAUGAGCAGACAACAAAACAGAAUCUCCAUCAGGAGAUGGAGGAACGCGAGGAAAAAAACAAACUUCUCCUGCAGCUGCAAGGCCUCAUUAAGAAGUACGAUCACAGUAUUCGCGACAAAAUGGUUGAGAACUUGGAGCUUACCAAUCAAUACGCAAAAGCUAAAAAGGAGUUGGAUGCCUUCUUGGUCGGGCACCGGCAGAUCGAGCGCGUCUACAAGGAAGUGGUGGUGAAGCGCGAGGAUCAGGAGCGUCGCGCUCGACAGAACCGCAUCUUGAACUUUACGAUGAAUCGGGCGGCUUCUAAGAUACAAGUGUACUGGAAGAAGUGGAAGAAGGCCCAACAUAAGAAGGAAAAACGCCUCAAGCAAGCCAAGAAAAAAUAAGUCGCAAAAUAAUUCGCUUCUGAACUUAUUGCAAAAUUUGAAAAGUUUAUAACUGAAAUACAUGAGAUUGUUGGCAAUCCUUGAAAUAA